AGUAAAUUUCGCAGUGUUAAAUAUGCAGUGUUAAAAUUCAUUGACUCUUUCAGAGCUAAUACAACAACAGACUGAGUAAAAUGCCACCUAGUGUUGGUGUAAAUUUCCAGAGUGUAUACACGUCGUGUCAAGUUGACUCUGACAAGCUCCGCCCACCUCCUCCACUCAAACCAACAAGUCUAACCGUUGUGUGGACGCCAUUUUUCUCCUGCUUGAACAACUGUGGAACCAUGUUGAUUAAAACAAGACUUGGCGAGCAGCAAAAAUUUGUCCGACUAACAGAACCGAAUCUGAAGGAGUUUUUGAUAGCAGCAUUUGCAAAAUUUGGCGUGCCAGCUAUGACGGAGGGCGUGAAGGUUGUUGACAGUUCUGGGACUGAGUUGGAUGAAGAUGUGUUUGAGGAUGUUGUUAAGGAUCCCUCAGCUGGAGUCCUAACCAUCAAAUAUGAAACUGACUUUGUCUCCAUGGUGGAAUUGCCUGAGGAAUCUCAGCCAAGCUCAUCUGAUUCUCAAGAGACACUCAUUCUUUCAGAGAGUCCUUCCGCUAAACGCCAGCGCCUGGACACAGAAGCUAAGCAUUUGGUGGAAUCCAUUCUUAACAACAAACCUGGUGGUGAACGGAUCAUGAAGGAAUAUAAUCGAAGCAAGUGCCUCACAGAUGAAACCAGAAGGAAAAUGGUUAACAUACUGACAGCUGACAUGACAGAGAAGAAUGGGACAUCACCACCCAGAGAGGUUAAAGAAAUGUAUGCCAGAGGAAUUGUUAGCUUAUUCCCCUACCUCAGUGAUCCAUUCUCCAGGAAUGGUUAUGAGCAUUAUUAUGAUGCUGCAAGUGGUACCGGGUAUUUAGCCUGGAGGAUAAAAACUAUUCAGAGAUCCACUGCUAAAGACAGACGAUCAUCAUAUGGAGCAUCAUCCGAAGAAGCAUCUUGUGAACAUGGGCUUGGAGGACCAGCUGCUAGACGAGAGACCCAGUUUGUUCCAGAGACUAUCCUGAGUGAAGAAGAGUGUAAGGAAGCCAUCGCACUGAUUAAGCAUUCAGCCGAUGAGGACACGAUCAAGAAGAAGAUGAAGCUCACAUUUGACUUCCGGCGCAACAUGGUCCUCGACCCCCAACAGUCAAGCAACAUACUCUCUGUCUUUCCACGUUUCAAAGAUGUCAAAGGCUUGGUGGAGCAGGAUUUUGUCCUGAUGUUUGGAGAAGACGUGUCUGGCAAGUUUCUGGAGAAAUGGACGACCACCUUCAAGAGAAAGAUCAUCCAACAAUGCAGAAUGCUUCCAACCACUAGUGAUCUUGAAGAACUUCUCCUGGCAGCUGAUACUCCUGAGGAUGACACUGAAGUGGAUGAUGACAUGAGUUGGGACAGUGACCUCUCAUCGAUUUUGCUGCUGCUACACCUGAUUCCCCCCUCUGCCUUAGGUCGUAAGAGACCAGGGAAGGUGUCUGCCUCCCAAGCAGAGAAGCAUCUUGUGGUCUUCAAGAAGACAGGAACCAACAUCCAAGAACAUCUUGAUGCCAUCAUGACGAGCACACAACCCUAUCUCCUGGCUGUGGGACGGAGGAAGAAAGUAGCUCACCAGUUCUUCAUCAUCCUUGACAAAAAUGCCAUUGCUUGCAGGUCAACUUCCUCUCUUGGUGCUUUUGAUGAACUGUUUAAGGCACAUUAUGUGUUUGCCACAACAUACAACCCCAUGCUGUGCAACAUGUUUACGUUCAUCCAGACCACUGUGUACAAUAUAGAUGUAGGUAAAGUGAAAGAAAGUCCACGUGUGGCAGAAAUUCGGGCUAGGUUGCUUCACUAGUACUGGAACUAAUCUGUUUGUCAAUAAGUGUUUUAUUUGUUAAGCAGAGUUAAGUUGCACAAAUGCACUUGUUCGGUAUGUACAAGUAGUUAGUUCAUGGUUACUUGGAUGGAAAAACUCUUUGCCUUAAAUGUACUCUGUCAAGUUUGAGCCAUCUAUUGUAAUGGGAUGUACAUCAUGUGAUGUUACUGUGACGCUACCACAGUUAACAGUGGAUCUUAAAAAUGUGCUUUAUUUCAAUAAAUAAGUUAAAUGCA